AAUUAUAUAUGAUGGUUAAAAUAAUGACUACAUUCCAUUUUAAGUUUUUUUCUUGUUCCGUUCCUGACUUUUUAUGCGAACAUUUGCGUCAGAAAGCCGGCAUAAAAAAAAAAAACAAAAAUGGUGUUGAUGUGUAGGUUUUACAAAAACAAGUUCCCCGAGAUCGAAGAUGUGGUAAUGGUAAACGUAAGGUCCAUUGCCGAAAUGGGUGCUUAUGUACAUUUGCUCGAAUAUAACAAUAUCGAGGGAAUGAUUUUGCUUAGCGAGUUGUCUCGACGACGUAUUCGCUCUAUCAACAAACUUAUCCGUGUGGGAAGAAAUGAAUGUGUGGUGGUCAUCAGAGUCGACAAAGACAAAGGCUACAUUGACUUGUCCAAGCGUCGAGUUUCCCCAGAAGAAGUCAUUAAGUGUGAAGAAAAGUUUGCAAAGGCUAAAGCAGUCAACAGUAUCUUGAGGCAUGUUGCUGAGUUGCUUGGUUACUCAUAUGACUCUCAGCUGGAGGAGCUGUAUGAAAAGACUGCAUGGCAUUUUGAUGAGAAGUACAAGAAACCAGGCGCUUCUUAUGAGGCUUUCAAGCAUGCUGUCAGUAACCCUGAAGUGCUUGAUGAAUGCGACGUAGAUGAGAACACCAAGAAAGUAUUAUUGGAAAAUAUCUGUCGUAAGCUGAAGCCACAAUCUGUCAAAAUCCGAGCAGAUAUUGAGGUGGCUUGUACAAAGUAUGAAGGUGUAGAUGCUGUAAAACGAGCACUGAAGAAAGGUCUGGAGCUCUCUCAAGAGGCAAUGCCUAUAAAAAUCAAUUUGAUUGCACCUCCACAAUAUGUGGUGACAACCCAGACCAUGGAGCGCUCUGAAGGUGUGGAGAUGCUGAAUAAAACUCUUGAAGCUAUUAAAGCAGAGAUACUAGCAUCAGGAGGUCACUUUGACAUCCUCCAGCAGGCACGAGUGGUAUCCGAUACAGAUGAAAUUGAACUGGAAAAACAAUUGCAGAAGCUAGAAGAAGAAAACCGUGAGGUAGCAGGAGAUGAUGAUGAUGAAGAUGAAUAUGAUGAUGAUGAUGAUCUUGACAAAAAGGACUCGAAGGGUGGCAAGGAAGAUAAGGAAGAUGCUGAUGAAGAUGAUGGGGAUGUUGAGGAUUAAAAUGCUGGCUUGACUUUUGUUUUGACUCUUCUACAUGAUAAUGAAAUCAACAUUUUAGCAUGGCACAACACCGUAUGUCAAACACAGGAGAUUGUGGAGGAAUGCCUGUCCUAUCCAAACCACAUAGUAGACGUGAAGAAAAUCAAGUUCGCCAUACCAUAAAGAUACUGGUAAUGUCAUCAGUGCCAUGCUUAUCCAGUCUUUUGCUGGUGCUUCUUGAGUUUGAUGAAAUGUAGCACAUGAAUAAAGUACAUCAAGUUACUUUCACAUGCUGUCUGAAAAAUAUUUCUAGCACUUAACUACAUGGUUUUUGUUACAAGCUCAGUGGAACAGCUGUAGGUGUGAAAAAAGACUAAAGAAAAAUUAACAAAUUUAUACACCACCAUGAAAAUUAGGAACGAAUGGAUUACCUUUUCUUGGUGGUGUUUUGCGAAAUAGGCCAAAUUGAUUUUUGGGGAUCUUUUCAUGGUGAAUCCAAUCGCUGUGUUGAUUGGAAAACAAUGCCCUUAAGAAAUAAAUUGAUGAUUUGUGUUAAUUUUUUUUUUUUGGGGGGGGGGGUAUUAUCCUUAUUUUAUUAAUUGCAUUUGGACAGCUUUUCAUUCCUUUUAUGUUUUGUUGCCUGGAUUUGCUGCAAUAAACCUGUGCCAUUGGCAGAGAGAAUAUACCAGCUGGACCAUUU